GCCUCGUGGACGGUGUCCGGCGCGGCUCAGUAAGGCUUGUGGAGUCGGCGAACCCUGAGGAAGGAGGGAGAGUCUGUAAAGUUCAACUGCGGCGAGGCUUUAGCAGAGGAGGAAUGAUUGAGCACAGCCUCUCACUGUGCUACCACAACAAACUCAUCUUAGCCCCUAUGGUUCGGGUAGGCACUCUCCCCAUGCGGCUGCUGGCCCUGGACUAUGGAGCGGACAUUGUGUACUGUGAGGAGCUGAUUGACCUCAAGAUGCUUCAGUGCAAGAGAGUUGUCAAUGAGGUGCUCAGUACAGUGGACUUUGUCGCCCCUGAUGACCGAGUCGUCUUCCGCACCUGCGAAAGAGAGCAGAGCAAGGUUGUUUUCCAGAUGGGGACCUCAGAUGCAGAUCGAGCCCUUGCUGUGGCCAAACUUGUGGAAAAUGAUGUGGCUGGUAUUGAUGUAAACAUGGGCUGUCCAAAAGAGUAUUCCACCAAGGGAGGAAUGGGAGCUGCUCUGCUAUCAGACCCUGACAAGAUUGAGAAGAGAGAGAGGCAGAGACACAGGCAGAGGGAGAAGCAGGCUCCAUGCGGGGAGCCCGAUGCGGGACUCGAUCCCAGGACCCCGGGAUCACGACCUGAGCCAAAGACAGACGCCCCAUCCCAGAGCCAUCCAAGUGCUCCCCCUUCCCACCUUUUUAAGAUCCUCAGCACUCUUGUUAAAGGGAUACGCAGACCUGUGACCUGCAAGAUUCGCAUCCUGCCAUCACUGGAAGAUACCUUGAGCCUUGUGAAGCGGAUAGAGAGGACUGGCAUCGCUGCCGUCACAGUUCAUGGGAGGAAGCGGGAGGAACGACCUCAGCACCCUGUCAGCUGUGAAGCCAUUAAAGCCAUUGCUGAAACCCUCUCCAUUCCUGUCAUAGCCAAUGGAGGAUCUCAUGACCACAUCCAAAAGUAUUUGGACAUAGAGGACUUUCGACAAGCUACAGCAGCCUCUUCAGUGAUGGUUGCCCGAGCCGCCAUGUGGAACCCAUCCAUCUUUCUCAAGGAGGGUUUGCGACCCCUGGAGGAAGUCAUGCAGAAGUACAUCCGAUAUGCUGUACAGUAUGAAAACCACUACACCAACACCAAGUACUGCUUGUGCCAGAUGCUGCGAGAACAGUUGGAAUCACCCCAGGGAAGGUUGCUCCAUGCCGCCCAGUCUUCCCAGGAAAUUUGUGAGGCCUUUGGCCUUGGUGCCUUCUACGAGGAGACGACACUAGAGCUAAAUGCCCGGCGGGCUGAGCUCUUGGCUAGGACCCCAGAGGCUGCACGGGAGCCUGUUGAAGAUACCUCAGGUGUCAUUAAGAUGGCUGUCAAGUUUGACCGGAGAGCAUACUCACCCCAGAUCACCCCCAAGAUGUGCCUGCUGGAAUGGUGCCGGAAGGAGAAGUUGGCGCAGCCUGUGUAUGACACGGUUCAGCGCCCCCUGGAUCGCCUCUUCUGCUCUGUUGUGACUGUUGCUGAGCAAAAGUACCAGUCCACCUUGUGGGACAAGUCUAAGAAGUUGGCGGAGCAGGCUGCGGCCAUCGUCUGUUUGCGGAGCCGCGGCCUCCCUGAGGGUCGGCUGGGUGAAGAGAACCCCUCCUGGCACAAGCGCAAGCGGGAGGCCCCUGACCAAGACCCUGGGGGUCCUGGAGCUCAGGAGCAAGCAGUGCCUGGGGAGCUGUGCAAGAAGCUCUUUGUGGCCUUGGGAAGUGGUGAAGAGAGCCCUCUGGAAGGCUGGUGACCAUUGUCCCUAUCUUGGUCACUCACUUCAGAAGCCUGGCCAUAAGAUGUCUGUGGGUAUGAACCAGAUGCCACUGGACAAUUCUCUGUUCCUGACAGGAGUUAGGAGGUCCUUACCUGGGCCAUCAGCCUGCAGCACUGGCUAAAGGGUGCCUAAGGUGUAUACCUCCUUUGGUGGGUUUGAGGAGCAAGGCCAAGUUCCCAGUGCCUCAGUAUUUUCUUUGAAAACGGGAGCUUUUCAUGUGGCACCCCCUCAACCUGACAUUGCUACAGUGCAAUAAAGAUACCCCCACCCUUACCCAUGGCUGGCUGCUCUAGCCCUGGGCAUCUUCACACACAUA